CCUGUUUCGUUCCUUAUUGAAGGUCUUCGCCAACCUCAUUCCCGCCACGCUCCUUCUGUUGCAUAUACCCUACCAUCCUAUAGUUAUUCACCCCGUCGUCGUCGCCCACCAUGCCCGGCGACGUUUCCUCAUCAUCACAAGCCCAGGCCCAGGUCAACGGCAUCGUUAAGGACGAUGCUGCCAAGAACCGCGUACCAGUACACACUUUCGACCCGAACGCGUCCCCCGAAGCGAAGGGCGUUGCUGCUGGUAAAGGCAAAGACAAGCUGAAGCGCGACAGAGACGACGAGGGUGCCGGUGAGAAAGAGAUUCCUGUCGACAACGGUGCCCCCAAUGUCGUACCUACCAUCACCAUCGAAGACAUGUCCACUGAGCCAGAAGGAGAAGUGGAGCACUCCGGAGAGAAUGCUGCUACCGAUGCAGAGAUACCUGGAUCCAUGCCGUCAGGACCCGCAUCAGUCAUACCAGAGUGGUACAAGGUCGGUUGGCGGGAAGUCGGCGGCAUCGACGCCCAACAUGCGCCCGAAGGAGAGGAGAAGGACAGGUUUGUCCUACAGGCCUUCAUUAAGGAACAAUACUAUGGCGAAUGGUAUCACAAUGCGGCCAUCAUCGUUGUGUCCGUAAUAGUGUCGCAUUUUAUGACGCGCUUCAACUUCGGCUGGGGCUGGCUUUUCGUCCUCCUCGCAUUUUGCAACACCUACUAUGCGACGUCCAUGACGCGCGUCCGGCGGCACGCGCGGGACGACAUCCAGCGCGAGCUGGUGAAGACGCGGCUCGACACUGAUUUCGAGUCCGCAGACUGGAUUAACAACUUCCUCGACCGAUUCUGGCUCAUCUACGAGCCGGUGCUCUCGCAGACGAUCAUUGCUUCCGUCGAUCAGAUUCUGAGCACGAACUGCCCCUCGUUCCUGGAGAGCCUCCGGAUGAGCACGUUCACGCUCGGCACGAAGGCGCCGCGCAUCGACAUGGUGAAGACGAACCCGCGUACUGCGGACGACGUCGUGCUGAUGGAUUGGGGGAUCUCGUUCAACCCGAACGACGACAGCAAUCUCACAAAGAAGCAGGCCGAGGACAAGGUCAACCCGAAGAUCGUUUUGUCUGUGCGGGUUGGCAAGGGCAUUGCGAGCGCGACCAUACCGAUCCUGCUGGAGAACAUCGAGUUCACUGGUGUGCUCCGUGUGCGUAUGAAGCUGAUGACGACGUUCCCGCACGUUCAGCUCGUGGAUUUAUCAUUCACGGAGAAGCCUCACUUCGAUUGGAUACUGAAGCCAAUUGGAGGUGAAACUUUUGGUUUCGACAUCGGAUUUAUCCCCGGUUUGUCCUCGUUCAUCCGCGAAAUGGUGCAUGCCACUUUGAGUCCGAUGAUGUACGACCCGAAUGUCUUCACCCUCAACCUCGAGCAACUCCUUUCUGGCGCACCGCUCGACACUGCAGUCGGAGUGUUGCAGGUCACCGUGCAAUCCGCGCGAGGUUUGAAGGGUACCAAGAUCGGCGGCGGUACACCUGACCCGUAUGUCAGCUUGAGCAUCAACAACAGGUCAGAGCUAGCGAGGACGAAGCACAAGGGCAACACUGUCAACCCGACAUGGAUGGAGACGAAGUUCCUCCUCGUCAACAACCUCACGGAGUCGCUGAUUCUUUCCCUUAUGGAUUACAACGACCACAGAAAGGACUCGGAGAUUGGGAGCGCUUAUUCGACGCUGGAAGGUCUCGAGGCUCCUAUUUUGAAGGACGGAAAGGAGAAGGGUAGCAUGAGGUUCGACGUGACCUUCCACCCUGUCCUCAAGCCUGAGGUCGACUCCGGAGGGAAGGAGUUACUGCCCAUGGAUACCAAGGUCGGCAUCCAAGUCGUCGUCCGGCGAUCUGAACCCCUUCCUGCGGUGUACACUGGCACCAACGCCACGCCCAUCUUCACGACCAACAAGGUCAAGCAUACGAACAACCCUGUCUGGGAUGCGUCCACCGAGUUCCUGUGCACGGAUCGCGGCUCGUCCGUCGUCACCAUCAAAGUCGUCGACGACCGCGACUUCCUCAAAGACCCUAUCAUCGGCUACUUGAGCGUACGCCUGGAAGACUUGCUGCAGGCGGCGCAGGACAAGGAGCGCGACUGGUGGCCUCUGAGCCAUUGUAGGAGCGGACGGCCACUGAAUAUGCCUGGCAGCGUCCAUGGUGCGGAUCAGUAUGUGGCGCCCAUCGGCGUGGUGAGACUCUGGCUGAAGAAGGCGACGGACGUGAAGAACGUCGAGGCUGCGCUGGGAGGGAAGAGCGAUCCAUAUGUGCGAGUGCAGAUCAACAACAUCACGCAAGGCCGCACUGAAGUGGUAAACAACAACCUGAACCCUGAGUGGGACCAGAUCAUCUACAUUCCUGUGCAUUCACUGAAGGAGACCAUGAUGCUUGAGUGCAUGGACUAUCAACAUCUCACCAAGGACCGCUCACUCGGGAACGUUGAGCUGAAAGUGGCCGAACUGGCCAAGCCUGCAGAGGGAGACUUCCUUUUCGCAUCUACCGGCCGGAAGGCCGCGGAGGAGCCCAUCAUGUUGGACCACGGCUCAUUCAAAGGCAAGCUGCACUACGAGGCUGAGUUUGUGCCCGCUAUUCCUGUCAAGGGUAUCGGUUUCGAGUCCGUCCAGAAUGAAAUCGAACAGGCGACCAAGCGCACGAGCAUGACCGACACUGAGAGUGGUACAUUCGCAGACGAUCGUUCGUCGACAUCUUCCCUGCGCCGCGAGCGUGCCGCAUCGAACGUGAUCGAGGGCGUUACGGCAUCGAGGCCACUGGGCGCGAGCGAGAAGCCAGAGCAGGACGUGGAGAACGGAGCUGCGCCAGAAGCCCCUGCAGAGCCGGCCACCAACGGCGAUGUUCCCGAAGAACACCGUCCCGAGGAGGAAGGUUUGGAGCUCUCGAAGGAGGAGCUUCUCAAGUACCAGUCUGGUAUUAUCAUGUUCAAUGUCAUCUCUGGGCAGCUGCACAAGAAGGCGCGCUUGGAGGUCCUCUUGGACGACGCAUACUGGCCUGCGUUUAGUACCGUGCGCCCGCGCAGCUCUAAAGCGCAUUGGGAGUAUAUUGGCGAAGGGUUUGUCAAGGAGCUUGACUUCGGACGUGUUUGGCUGCGCCUCAAUGAAGCCGAUGAGGGCGACAAGGACGAUGUCAUCGCUGAGUGGAAGGGCGAUGCGAAACCGUUCUUGGAGCGCGCGAUGGACGGCCCAACAUCAUUCGAGCUCCUGCACUCUGGCGACGAGGACAAGAAAUCUGUCGUACAGCUUGAGGCCCGGUAUCUCCCUGUUCCUGUCAAGCUGGAGCCCAGAGAGAGCGUGAACAACCAGGGGAUGCUCCGUGUUGACCUUCUUGAUGCUCAUGAUCUUCUUGCCGUGGACAGAGGAGGGAAAUCUGAUCCGUUUGCUGUGUUCCAACUCAACGGACAUAAGGUCUACAAGUCUCAGACCAAGAAGAAGACGCUCAACCCGGAGUGGAACGAGGAUUUCGUUGUGCAAGUGCCAUCCCGUGUUUCAGCGGAUUUCAUCGUCGACGUGUACGAUUGGGACCAGCUUGGGAAGGCAGACAUCCUUGGGUCCGGCAAGAUCAACCUUGCAGACAUCGAACCUUUCAACUCGGUGGAACACGUCGUUCAGUUGUCGUUGCCCAAGAAUGGCCAGAAGGGCUCUAUCAGGAUACGUCUGCUCUUCCAGCCUGAAAUCAUUGUCAAGUCUCGCAAGAACACCUCGACCUUCUCGGCCGCAGGUCGCGCUAUGACACAAAUCGGCCAUAUGCCUACUGGCGUGGUCUUGGGCGCGGGCAAGGGUGUUGCUCAUGUCGGCUCUGAUCUCAAGGGCAUUUUCAAGAGCAAGGAUCAUGCGAAGUCUCAAGCAUACGAGGUUGAUAGUGACCGAGGAUCGGUGGCCGAAUUACCUGCUGGCCAGUCAUCUCAACCGAUCAACGGAACGGGCCCCAUGUCGGCGGCGGCGUUCCCCACAAGCCCUAACCUGAACGGGGAUGGCUCCCUGAACGGCCUUGGUUCGGAUCGCGGGACUUUGCGCGUCGUUGUGAUGGAGGCCAAGGACAUGUUGGCGAGCGAUGUCAAGCCCUACGUUGUCUUACGCGUUGGUGACAAGGAACAUAAGACGAAGCAUUCGCACAAAACGGCGACACCGGAGUGGAAUGAGUCAUUUACCUUCUCUGCCGCCCCUGCGACGCAACCAAAAAUGCAUGCAUGGAUAUACGAUCAUAAGACACUUGGGAAAGACAAGCUACUCGGUUCUGCUGAGAUCGAUCUUUGGCGCCACCUGCCUACCGACUCUGGAGUUGCGUCUGCGGAGGUUCACGCCGAACUACGCGAAGGACAGGGCCUCCUGCGGAUGCGUCUGGAGUUUGACCCAGAAGGCAGCAGCCCGUCACGCUCCCGCACCUCGAUGCAUUCGUUGGUGGGCACCACUGCCCCCGUCUCGCCCUCGAGAUUCAGCCUGAGUCGACGGCGAGGCGCUGAUCGCGACGAUUAAGGCCUCGAAAUCGGACGGACCUUGAUUAUAUUCUCUAUCUGAUUCAUCUCUUUUCUUCAAUCGACAUCGUCUACAUCCCACCAUGCGUUGAUUAUUAGCAGCAUUUGUACUAUUUGGACAUUACAGCAUCCUAUAUCCAUCGUUAGUCGUUACGAUAGCAUGGUGCGAUGUGCCAUGGUUAACUCUAUUCUCGGACCACGUAAUGAAGAACGGGCUAACAUCAUGAUCGUCCAAUUGCUAU